AUGUUGGUUCUUGUGGAUGCCGAUUGGGGUGUCAAUCUACAGAGUGCUUACAAUACCCGCCAGCGCAAGUCUCACGCUAAAGAAACCGCAAAUACUCCCGCCAAGUACUGCUCCAGUCGUUGCCGCAGCCACAAGCCCGGAAAGCUCGACCGCCAAAUCGAAGAUACUUUUGUCAGGCUCCUCAAUGGGGAGGGGGGCUCACCGAAUGCGAUAGGCAGCGGUGCUGGAGCCAAAUCCAAAGAGAAAGGGCCAAGGAAGAGAAAGGGCGAACCCCGCAUCCUUGUCUCCUGUGACGCCGUCGAGAACACUGUCUUUGGGGACCACUUCGAUCCAGAAAAAGUCUAUGGCAGGAGGCGAAACAGAGCUCGGCGUGGAGCGGCGGAUGAUGAAGAAUGGAAAAGCGUGGACAUGGUCUCGGACGAAGAGCGUGCUACUGCCAGCGAUGCUAGCACAGCGGACGGCCCGAAUGUUUUGGACGACGCCAGGGUCGCGAUGGAGGCCAACCCUGCAGGCGAUGCCAAGAAUGCGGGGACUAUGAUCACGGAUGGGGACUUGUUGGCGCGGCUGGCGGUCAGGAGCGGCACGCGCAUCCGGCCGGCACAAGGCAUCUCUGAGGUCAAUGGUAGCGUGGGUGGAGAGAAAGGGCGGGCCGAGCGGGCAGACGAGACAGAUGAGAUGCUAGAGAAGAGGAAGCAGGGACAGAAGCGAGCGCAUGAAAGGGAGAUGGUCCGGUGUGCUGCCAGGAGAGGUGUGGCGUUUGGUUUCGCAGUCAAUCAGGCGGACGACGAUCAGACGGAGACGAGGAAGAAGUGCGAGGCUGUGAUGCUCGGGAAGGUGGUGGAAUCGAGCUUCGCCAAGGGGGACUGGAGCGUUAGGUGGAGAGAAUGA